UUCAUUUUGUGUUGGAACAUCCAAUAGUUUUAUACGUAUUUAUUAAAGUUAAAGAAAAUUAAAACAUUUUGCUGUAAAAAUGGGUAAAAAAGAUAAAAACAAGAAAAAAGGCAAAGGCGCCGAAAAGACUGCCAUGAAAACGGAUAAAAAGUUGGCAGCAAAACAAAAGAAAAUGUUGGAGAAGCUUGGAGAGGCAGACAUUGCUGAAGUUGUAGCAAAGUUAGAGGCUGAGGAAGCUAGACAAAAAACUAUAACAGAAGAAGUUUGCCCUGCACCUCCCACUCCCAGAUCCAAUUUUACUUUGGUGGCUCAUCCGGAAAAGGAAGAAUUGAUACUUUUCGGAGGAGAGUUUUUCAAUGGUCAACGUGUUUGUGUUUACAAUGAUCUAUUCUUUUAUAACAUCAGCAAAGGUGAAUGGAAACAGGUGAAGUCACCUGGUGGCCCAGCACCCAGAAGUGGCCAUCAAAUGGUAACUGUUGCCACCGAUGGUGGACAGUUAUGGUUAUUUGGUGGCGAACAUGCCAGUCCCUCUCAAAUGCAAUUCUAUCACUACAAGGAUUUGUGGAUGAUGAGCUUGAAAACACGUAAAUGGGAAAAGAUUAACGCACCCAAUGGUCCCAGUGCUCGCAGUGGUCACCGUAUGGUGGUGUCCAAGAAGAAACUAUUUGUAUUUGGUGGUUUCCAUGAUAACAAUCAAUCAUAUCGUUAUUUCAAUGAUGUGUAUGUAUUUUCUUUGGAAUCAUAUACCUGGCUGCAGGUAGAAAUUGGUGGAGCCAUUUUACCGCCACCACGUUCUGGCUGUUGUAUUGCUGCCAAUCCAGAGGGUAAAAUUCUCAUUUGGGGAGGAUAUACAAAAUCUCAGCUAAAAAAAGAUAUUGAUCGCGGUGUAACCCAUACCGAUAUGUAUGCCCUGACACCUGACAAAAAUGCACCAGAUUCUAUGAAAUUCAAAUGGGUCACUGUGAAAGCAGGCGGAUACAAACCAUUACCACGCAGCAGUGUUGGCUGUUGUACUGCACCGAAUGGCAAAGCAUAUUGUUUUGGUGGUGUUAUGGACAUUGAUGAAGACGAAGAGGAUGUUAAAGGACAGUUUGGCGAUGAGUUGUUAGCUCUUGAUCUGUCUGCAUUAACGUGGCGUCUAAUUGAAAUUAACAAAAAACUGAAACCAGAGAAGAAGGAUGCUAAAUCGGCCACAGAUGUGGAAAUGGGUGGCGAUGAUGCUAAACCCGAGACAACAGUAAAGACAGAUGGCAUUUUCACAAUCACUGUGGCAGGUCCCAGUAGUGCCUCUGCUGCAUUACCAAAAGUACCCAGUUUAUUCCCAAAUAGAAGACCAAAAAAUGUACCUUCGCCAAGAAUGAAUCCAGGCGUGUGUGUUUGUAAAGGUACUCUAUACAUUUACGGUGGUCUAUCUGAAGAGGAUAACAAGCAAUAUACUUUCAAUGAUUUCUAUGCGCUUGAUUUGCACAAACUGGAAGAAUGGAAGGCCAUUGUACCAAAUGACAUGAAUGCUCAUGAUUGGAUUGAUAGUGAUAGCAGUGAUUCGGAUGAAAGCGAUGAAGAUGAUGAUGACGACGAUGAUGAUGACGAAGAUGAUUCUGAAAUGGAUACAGAUUAAGAAAGUAAAAACUAUUUAAUUUUUUGUUCAUUUCCUUAAAAAUAUUUAAUAUAACAAUUGUUUUUUAUAUUUUUUUGUAUAACAACAAUAAAUGCAUUUUUAAAGGAA